AUGGUCUGCUCUUCAGUCCUAAGCUGGUCUUCAGUUCCUGUCUCCGACCCGCCUGAAGUGCUAUCCCCCCCGUCAUCAGAAUUCCCGCUAUCGGAAUCCCUUGCUGCUGCCCAGUCCCUUGCUGCCUAUUCCCUCCCUGCUGGCCAGUCCGUUGCUGCUGCCCAAUAUCUUGCUGCUGCCCAAUCCGUUGCUGCUGCCCAGCCCCUUGCUGCUGCUCACUCCCUUCAUGCCACCCAGUCCCAUGCUGCUGCCCAGUCCCUUGAUGCUGCCCGGUCCCUUGCUGCUGGCCAGUCGAUUGCUGCUGCCCAGUCCAUUGUUGCUGCCCAGUCCCUUGCUGCUGCCCACUCCCUAGGUGUUGCCCAGUCCUUUCCUGUCGCCCAAUCCCAUCCUGCUGACCUCGGUUUUGCUGUCGCCCAAUCCCUAGCUGCUGCCCAGUCCCUUGCUGCGGCCCAGUCCCUUGCUGCUGGCGAAAAUCUUGCAUCUGCCGAGCCCCUUGCUGCCUCCUCCCUCCCUGCUGCCCAAUCCGUUGCUGCUGCCCAAUCCGUUGCUGCUGCCCAAUCCGUUGCUGCUGUUCAGCCCCUUGCUGCCAAGUCCCUUGCUGCCAAAUCCCUUGCUGCUGCUCACUCCCUUCAUGCCACCCAGUCCCUUGCUGCUGCCCAGUCCCUUGCUGCCUAUUCCCUCCCUGCUGGCCAAUCCGUUGCUGCUGCCCAAUAUCUUGCUGCUGCCCAAUCCGUUGCUGCUGCCCAGCCCCUUGCUGCUGCUCACUCCCUUCAUGCCACCCUGUCCCAUGCUGCUGCCCAGUCCCUUGCUGCUGCCCAGUCCCUUGCUGCCUAUUCCCUCCCUGCUGCCCAGUCCCUUGCUGCUGCCCAAUCCCUUGCUGCUGUUGCAGUUGUCCUUGCUGCUGCCACUGCUCUUGCUGCUGCCAAUGUCUCCUUCUCAAAUUUCUUGGUGAAGUUUCGCCCAAUGUGGGUAAUGCAGUGA